GCGCCGUCCCGGUGGCCAUCUUUACUGUGGGCCGGAGCCAAUUGUGCCCGAGCCUACCUGCGCAUGUGCAAUCCUCCCCUUGCUUUCCUUUUCCAAGUAGCUUGGGCUUAGAGCGGAGCCUUCCGCGCCGUCUCUGUGCGCCUGCGUACUGUGACCCUGCGCAGCCCGGGAGGCGGGUCUUAGCUCCAGGUGCGUACGGCAGCUGAGGCGGGGAAGUUUGGGGAGAGGGCGCCGGAUCCAGAUGUGAAGAGGGGCAGUGUGAAGGCGAGAAGAGCGGCUCCGCCCUUCUCCGGCCCAGAAAGUGGUUUCCGCUGGUCCCGGGGAAUCUCGGAGUACCGUAUCUGGAUCCGUGGGGCGGGGUCCUUGGAGGGGACUCAGCGCCCCCUCCUGGGAACCGGCGGUCUCGUCGCUGGGACCGCUGUUGGAGCCUCAUUGGUUGGAGACAAUCCCUGAACUCCUGGGAAACCCAAUCCCUUGGGAGAGUAGAGCGGGAGCCGCCGCCGCCCCCCCCCCCCCCCCCCCCGCCUGGGCUUAGUACUCCUGCAUCUCCUAUCAUCGCAGGGCCCCUCCCCUAGUAGCCUAUGUCCCUUGUUCGUGGUCAUGGAGACAUUUCGGCCACCACGGCGGCGCCUCUUUCUGAAGAAGGGGAAGUGACCUCUGGCCUCCAAGCUCUGGCCGUGGAGGAUACUGGAGGCUCCUCUGCUUCGGCCAAUAAAGCCGAAGAAGAGGGGGAAGGAGGCCGGGAGGAGACCGAGCAUGAGGGGUCUGGGGCCGAGGAGGUGCAGGGAGAAGCCCCUAGCGCCGAAGGGGAAGAGCAUGCCAAGGGAGACUCCGAAGACUGGUGCGUGCCCUGCAGCGAUGAGGAGAUGGAGCUCCCCUCGGAUGGGCAGGCCUGGAUGCCUCCCCCCUCGGAAAUCCAGCGGCUCUAUGAACUACUGGCAGCCCACGGUACCCUGGAGCUUCAGGCUGAGAUCCUGCCCCGCCGGCCACCCACGCCUGAGGCCCAGAGUGAAGAGGAGAGAUCCGAUGAGGAGCCUGAGGCCAAAGAGGAGGAAGAGGAAAAACCGCACAUGCCUACAGAAUUUGAUUUUGACGAUGAGCCAAUGACACCAAAGGACUCCCUGAUUGACCGGAGACGCACCCCAGGAAGCUCUGCCCGGAGCCAGAAACGGGAGGCCCGCCUCGACAAGGUUCUCUCCGACAUGAAGCGACACAAGAAGCUGGAGGAGCAGAUCCUUCGUACUGGCAGGGACCUCUUCAGCCUAGACUCAGAGGACCCCAGCCCCACCAGCCCCCCGCUCCGGUCCUCAGGGAGCACUCUCUUCCCCCGGCAGCGGAAAUACUGAGCACUGCUGCUGCCUUUAGGGUGCAGAGCAUAUACCUUCUGGGCCCCCCUUCCCAAGCCCAGGGCGCUGGGACACUGGGCAAGAGCAGAGAGACUCCCAAGCUCCCAACACUGCCCCUUGCCAGAAAGAGAAAGUGUAUGUGCCUAUGUAUGCUUUCGGUUGAACAUCUCUUUGGAGACCUGGGCUGAAUUCUCUGAAUCUAAAAUAAAAAAAUGCCAAGUUAUCGUC